AUUGUGAAUGCCGAGGAAAACGUAGCUACUUUGGAAGCAGAAAAUGAAAAACUAUCGCACGAACUGUCACAUCUUCGCAGCGUUUUGGAGCAAAAGACUACAACAAGUCAACGGGCACUGGGUGACAUGGUCGAGAAUUAUCAGGCUGCUGAGAAAGCACGUAUGGAUACCUUGCACGAGAAGGAAACUAUUGCUUCGGAGCUGAAUGCUUUGAAAAAUCGGCUUGCAAUGAGUGAUGCGAAACGAGUGGAUCUCGAGAAAAACCUCGCUGAAUCAGAAACGUUACGCAAGGAAUUGAUGAAAAGAGUGGCACAUUUUGAAAAUAGCGCCAGAAAGGCUUUAAGUUUCGCAAGUAAGUUGUCCUUAAAAUCUCUCGUUUUAUGUUAUUAUUGCUGA